AUGUUGGAUCCUACUUACUCAUCACUCAUCUCCUAUACAGCUGUGAUGACGGCCAAUCCCUUGUGCUGGCUGGGUAGGCUUCAAUCGUCUGUUCUCGUUAGAUCUUUCGACUUUAUAUGCCCCAUGGUCCGUGCGAAUUUUCCACUAAUUUACUUUUACGUGCUGGGCGUGUUUUCCAAAUUCUGUUUACUGGCAAACGUUUUACUCCAGGCGUUACUUCAGAAUGACAGACUAGGCGCUCUGCUCAGUGGGGAGAUAGCGUGCGUGCUUCUAAAGGAUUGUGAAAUAGCGCUUAGAGAAAAACGUAUACUGGGACUGGAACCGAAUGAAAUCGGUCAACCAAAAAAAUAUGAACCGGAUCUUGGGUCACAUGAGGCAGAUCCCGAUGGAAGGCCCGAUUCGGAUCUGCCAAUCGGGAGGGAGAAUCCGCAUUCCUCCUGCGGAGUGGAAUAUAAACAAUUGAGAAAUUGUGAUAAGGCGCGAGUCGGAUCAGAUAUUAGGGUAAGGAGUAGAUAG